AUGUCUGCUUGGGAAUCGAAUGACCCCCUUUCGUCGUCGUCAGCAACGGUAGGCAGCACACAGCUUUCCAAGCAAGACAAUCAAGGUGACCACAACAGUUCAUCCGCCACCGCCACCUCUACCGACCUCAUCAACAAACUACAAUCAUGGGGGAUGCCAGCGUACCUCAACAAUCUACCAUCCACUCAUGGUGAAGAGGAAUGGGAAUCUAGUUCGCUCUCGCCUUUGUAUGCAAGAAUGCUCAACGAAUACUUCAAGAUCUAUAACCACAGCCAUGACCAUGAAAUUACCAAGGCCACCAUCAACCUUGAUCCUGAUCUCGAUGUUGCUACUGAUGAACCCACAAAGGACAAGGAUAAAUUUCGAUUUGGACUGAUCGAUGAAAGGGGAAUACAAAUGUCAAGGGAAGAUCCAGAUAUAUCACGAAGUAGGAAAGAAGCUGAAAGAUAUUGGAAUGAAUGUGUACAACAAGUUUUGGUGAAGGGGGAAUUCGGAUCGUCAAUGGCUAGAGGUAUAGCAGCUCUAAUUGAUGGGACUACCGUCUUUGAUGGGGGAGAGGGAGAAAAUGGGCCAGAGGGGAAAAGCGAAAUGGAGGAAUAUUAUAAGAUGAGAAAUGAUUUUAAAGAUUGGUUCUUGACCAAUGGAGAUGAUGGAAAUGAAAAGGCAGGGUCAGGGUCAGAGUCAGAACAACUUUGA